CAGAAGGAAAAACCAUGAGACUGUAGUCUCGAUCCUCAUAACUUUGGAUGACAUAAUACACGGGAAUCCCCAGUAGUUUCAUUUGGACAGUCAUAGAUGGCACCGACCUGCGCAUAGAACUACAUCUCCCAGAUUGUGUUUACUAGUUUGCUCCCAUUUAUAGCAACUGCCGUGUAUCUCUCGCCGCCUGUUCAACACGGUCUGGACUGCGACAGGAGGUUCAGGUGACUGUGUCCCACAUAAACACCGGGAUGAAUGACGGAACGGAGGAAGAGACGGCCCCCGUUAUAAUGGAGACUUCAUCGUACUACUCGCAAGUAGUUUUCAACGAUGUUCCUCCAUCAUAUCCGCCAAACACCGCAGUUACGUGCCGGUACACCCUGACCGGUGCUGUGCAGCCCAACCCGAGCGACUGGAUCGGUAUCUAUAAGGUUGGUUGGAGUUCAACACAGAAGUAUUAUACCUAUGUAUGGGUGGCACCUUCCCUGGACCAUGUCGGACCUGAACCACUUGUGCUACAAGUGUUUUUUUCAGAGAGCUACCUGCCCAAGGAUGAUGGGGAGUUUUACCAGUUCUGCUAUGUGGACAGCUUUGGUCAUGUCAAAGGAGCCAGCUCCCCAUUCUGCUUUCAAACCCCAGCAGAAGCAAGCCUUGACUGCAGCUUGGAGAAGGACCUGUUAGUCAUAACAACACAGGAGCAGGCAGAAAAGACAGAGAAGGAGAAAGAAGACUUUGUGAAAGAGAUUGAGUCUUUAAAAGAAACAAAUGCGAUCCUGAAAAAAGAGUUGGAUGAAAGACUGCAUGAGAUCCGCCGUCUCAGGAGCUCCAUAGAGGAUUCAAAGUCAAAGGAUAAACCAGAAUCACCUCUGCCAGAUGUACCCAGUUUUAAUAACACAGAAGAGUCACUGACAUCUCUGCGAGAAAAGUACGAUAGAGCUGUUCAAAAGAUCCACUUGCUUAAGAGAGAAAGGACAGAGUUACAGCAACAGCUUGAACUCAAGAAUGGGGAAGUCCUCAGGUUAAACACCUUGUUGAAAGAAACAGAGCAAAAUCACAACAAAGUACAGGACCAAGUCAAGCUGCUACAGGUGGAUGUGCAAAGCAGCAGGAAAGACUAUGAGAAAUUGCACACUGAAAUCCAGGAGCUCAGGAUGAAAAAUACUCCGGAGGACCGGAGGGCUGAAAACAAAGCAUUACAAACAUCCUUGUCAGAGCAUGAAGCCCAGUUGAAAGAAGAAAACUGUAAAGUACAGAUUCAAGCCCUGCUCAAUCAGCUGACAGAGGCCAGAGGGCUGCUUCGCAGUGAGGUGCAGAGUUGCAAAGAAGCCUGCAAACGUGCAGAAACCGCUGAGCAGGAAUUGAAGGAAGUGAAAAGGAAGCUGGAGGAGAUAACCUUGAAACAGACUGAGGACCAGAAAGCCAAUCAAAUCCAGGCACAGCUUCAGCAGGCACAAGACAAAAUUUAUGAAAUGGCAGAGACAUCAAGAUUAGAUGGAGAGAAGCUUGUGGAAAGGAAUGAGGAACUGCAAGCAGAUGCAAAUAAGCUUAAAAGGGCAUUGUUUGACUACCAGGUCGCAUCUGUUGCCGCAAUGUCUGCUCAAAUAUCCAACCCUCAAAGCCCACUGGCCUCCCUGGAGCAAACAUACUCACCUGACUCUCAUUUCUAUGAGAACAUCGAUGACUUGACAGCAAAUCCUUCAGAUCCAGAAAAACAGAUUAGAGUGUGCCAGCAUUGUCAGGAGGUCUUUCCUGGCAUCAACGAGGUUGAACUGACAGAACACGAGCAGUCUCACAAAGUGUGUCCACUCUGCACUCUGAUCUGUGACGAUAUGGAGCAGCGGGAGUUUGAAGAUCACGUCUAUAGUCAUGAGGAUUAGUCCAUUCUUGUUUCUCUAUCUGAUAUACUGUCUUUGGGAAAGUAUGGUGGCACUUUUUAAAGUACUGAAUAGUCCAGGAUUUUCUAGAUAAGCAGCACUUCUCUUUCAUUAUUAGCUGUUAUCUAUAUAGGGACAGGUUUUUAUUUUUAUUAUUAUUAGGUAAUGAUUGAAAUAUCACUGAAGAAACUGGAACCAAAUGUCCAAUUAAGUAA